UGUGAUUUGAGUUGACUCUCAAAAAGCCAAAUGAAAGUUUAUUUAGGGACGGAGGGAGUAUCAUUUUUUUUUUUUUGAAAACAGGGAGUAUCAUUUUAUUAACUAAAAAGAAAAGUAAAAUGAAUAACAAGCAUGAAAAAAACAUUAUACAGAACAUUUACAUGGAAUAUACUCCGUAAGCUAUAUGCUCUCUAUAUUCUCCCAAAAAAAAGAUUUCAAAAUUGCAGCAUGAACAUUUCAACAUUUCUUACAGCGGCAGUAAGUCAGUAACUCGAAGUAGUAAAAUUUUCAGACGUUCAUGUCAACCAAUCGAUUCUGGAACCAGCAGUUACGGUUCCAUUGCAGUUGAUGAAUUCCGGAUCAUUGAGUUCUUACAAUGAGCGAUAGCACCUUGCACUGCCGCCUGCAACUCUUCAAUUGAAGACAUUUCCGACAAACACGCAGCCUUACACAUCACCUGCGGCGAGACCACGACGCGGCAAAUCAUGCCGGAGUGGCUCGGAGAGGACCGCAUCGACGACGGACAGCUAGAAACGUCGCUCCGUCUCCUUCUCAUCCUGGAGUAACUUAAAUUCCCCGAGAACGAACGCGGGGCGGGUUUUUUCCGAUCGGAUCCCUUCAGAAAUCCGUCCGAUGUUUUGGUCCUCCGUUGCGGCGGCGGCGGCUUUGUAUUUUGAGAAAGCUUUUCGUAUAACGGCUUCGCUUUUUUCAGGUACUUUACGACGACUUCUCUGGCGGAUUUGCUCAUCCGUUUUACAGGGGAGGGUCCAGCGGGUACGGAUCCGGGCGCGUGGGCUGAAUCCGGAUGGCGAGCCUUGCGGAAGCCGCAGGAGAAUCUGGAGAGCGAGAAGUUGAGGUACUUGUGAGAUUUCCUGGCGACGGAGUGGUGGGGCAGGGCGGUGAGAUCGGCUUCGUCGGCGGCGGAGGAGGAACGGGAGCAGUCGCGAGAGGAGGGGAGGAGAAGGUCCGCGACGGAGAAGGAGGGGCGGGAGUCGUUAGAGCUGCCGGUGGAGUCGCGGGAUGCGGUGGUCAAGCUGUCGUCGGAGGAGGUGGAGGAGGAGGCGAGGAGGAGAGUGCGGAGCAUGGAGCGGCGAGGAGUGAGGUGAAGGGGGAGGAGCUGGCCCUUGUAGAAGAGCUCGUCGGCGGGGCAUAGAGUGGAAGCGGAAGAAGAGGCUGAGGACGGGCCGCCGCCGCUGGUGGUGAUUGCAACGGCGAACUCGAAUUCGGAUGAGGAAUGACUUGAGGGUGAAGGGGCGGUUUGAGAUUCUGCGUCCAUUUCAUCUUUUCUCCCCCCCAUCUCCGGUGGAGAAAUCACAAAUUCAUACAGAAUAUCAUCGAUGAUUCAGUGUUUAAUUAGUUGAGGAAUUGCGGGGUGGAUGAGAAUUUGAGAUGACGAAGAGUUUUUUGGUACUUCCAGAGAAAGGAAGGAGUGGAC